AUGGUUGUAGCAUUGAUUGAAGCAGCACCAUUGGAUAUGAAUGAAAUAAGAGAAGCAAACAAGAAGGACAAACUUCUUAAAGAAGUCAUUUCAUGGUUAGUUUCAGGGGUUUAUCAAGAUGGAAUAUUGUUUAAAGAAGCAAGAAUCGUAGUACCACAAGCAUUACAAUCGAAAGUUUUAAAUCAAUUGCAUCAUGGACACGUAGGAAUGGUAAGAAUGAAAUUGUAUGCAAGAGGAAUGGUAUUCUGGAUAGGAUUGAGUAGCGACAUUGAGAAAACAGCAGGAAAAUGUCAAACAUGUUUAGAAUAUGGUCAACCGAAUAAAAAUCUCAAUCUUCACCCGUGGAAACCCACAAAUCAGGUAGGAAAGCGAUUACAUAUUGACAUUCUAGGACCACUGGAGGGUGAUAUGUAUCUUGCUGCAUAUGAUGUGCAUUCCAAGUAUCCAUGGAUUGAGAAAUUAGGAGAUACUUCUUCUGCCUGCAUUAAGAAAAAGCUGGAAGAAAUAUUUUUACAGAUUGGAGCGCCAGAGUUAAUUGUUUCAGAUAAUUGUGCAAAUUUUAAAAGCAAGGAAUUAAUGGAUAAUGGUUCAGCUGAGAAUCUUGUUAGAAAAUUUAAGACAACGUUCAAACGUUUGAGAAUGGAUGAGGAAAGUAAAGAAAGUGCAGUAAAAAUAUUUUUGAAGGUAUGCAGAGGAGUUCCAUCAGUGGUUACAGGAAAAGCUUCUCUAGAACUAAUGUGUGGACGGAAACAGUUGUUUUUCAAGAAAAGCAAGGAGGUAAAAGAGGAAAAAGUUAGAUUUAAGAAUGUAAUGGUAAAAACAAAAGCUGAUAAGAAAUGGAAAAGAGGAAUUAUUAAGUCUAAAGUUGGAGUGAAUCUUUAUAAGGUAAUGGUUGAAGGAAAAGAGCAAUUAAAACACGCUGAUCAAAUUAGAAAGAGGAGACUGGAUACAACACCGUUGAAGAGAAUCAGAAGAGCGGUAAGUCAUAAGACUGUCCAAUUGAAUAAUUUGAGUGAUAGUGUUGCUAAGCACUAUGCUGGAAAACCAGUUGCUACCAGUGGACAAGUAACUGAGGUUAUUGAAUUGAAGAAAGAAGAUCCUGGAUAUGAAACUUUAAGAAAAACAAGAUAUUUAUGUUAA